AUGAACUUGUCCCGCGACCUCGAAUUCCUCGUUGAUAGCGUCGUCCCCCAGGCGCGAGAUAACGACGGCCUGAGAGAUGAACUCGCUCAGCACUGUCAGGAUAUAUUGCGCAGCCACAUUGGCCAGAACUACGACCCAGAUCUGGGACAUUUGACGACUCUAGUCAAGAAACACUUACUACAACAUUCUCCUUCUGGGUCGUCGUCGGUGAAGUUCACUAACUUGCUCUCGAGACUGCUGGACCAGUCAGUCCUGACGCGAAAACACGCAGCGAUCCUUUUCCUUCAUUCGUUGGCCUCCUCUCAACCAUCCCAAUCAUCCCAGCUUGCUUUCCUUCCUUCGCUGGACAUACCACCCUCUCGACAGCCAUUUUCUCAUGCACCCAGAACGCCGAUCGAGGUAUCUAAUGGGAUGGCGACGGCGAAGGGCAAAGGGAAGUCGAGGGCGCAAAUAUUGAGCGAGUAUCGCGCAAAGAUGGGUCGCCCCCCUUUGCCGGAACAGCGCCUGCUUCGCGAUGCUCUGUAUCUGUUGCAGGGUAUCUCUGGCAAGCACGUUCAUUUCUCAUCACACAAAGACAACGGUACCCACCUCGUCAACGAGCUCUCUUUCGUUACGGACCCAAAAUACGAGAUCUCAGAAGCUACCAAGGCACUCAUCCAUCGCCUGUCGGAGGUGGGUUACCUCUACAAACGAGUCCAGACAUACGUCAAGGAGAGGGAGAAUGUCGCUGAAAUGGGGAUGAUCGAGCAAAGCCUCUGCCAUCAUUUACAAGCUCGGUUGACAGACUACUAUCGUUUCAUCGCAGUCCUUGAAUCGCAAAUGUCUGGGACCUUGGCAUCAGAAUCUCCAAGCGCUCCCGAAGAAGAGAUAGGGUUGACGCUUCGACGGCUGGACGUUUGGAUAAAUGACUGGAGAUUGCGUAUGCGUAUGAUGAGUGUCUGCGUGGAAAGUGCUCGAGACUCGCACGGAGGCGCGUUGGUCAACAUCAUCCACGGAUAUACUGAAAAUGGCGAUCCCUUCGUGCGGAAGUUCACAGAUCAACUGCUUGAAGAUGUGUCAAAACCAUUUUUUGCAACCCUGCACAAAUGGCUGUUCUCUGGGGAGCUAUACGAUCCCUACUUGGAAUUCUUUGUAGCAAUGGACCCUUCCCUCGCUCACAUGCAAUACGCACACCCAUCUUCACUAAGUGGCGGUAUAAAUCAGCUCUCUAGUGACGGUGGUUUCGCUGGCCCGUUCAACGACAGCGAUGAUAUGAGUGGCGACAGGGAAGGUGGGUUGAAGCUUUGGGAAGCGAAGUACAAGUUCCAGAAAGAGAUGUUGCCCAUGUUCGUUGGGGAAACGUUCGGUCGCAAGAUAUUCUCGACUGGUAAAAGCUUGAAUUUCAUUCGCUACAGUUGCCACGAUAGCGACUGGGUGGCUACCAGGGAGAAGAUGAACAACACGGGAGGGUCUCUAAAAUAUAGCGACAUUGCCGGCUUGGAGCGAUCCAUCGACGCUGCAUACCAAGUUGCUAGCGGUCGACUAUUUGACGUUUUCCUUGACAAAUUCAAGCUCUUGGAUCAUUUGAGAGCGUUAAGACAGUACCUGUUACUUGGACACGGCGACUUUGCGGACCAACUUAUGGAAGCUCUAGCGCCCUCAUUGCGCCGUCCGGCGAACACGCUUUACCGACAUAACCUCACCGCAACACUUGAAACCGCUAUUCGGUGUUCGAAUGCCCAGCACGACCCGCAAGAUGUUCUUCGCCGCCUCGACGCGCGCAUGCUCGAAUACUCACAUGGCGAAAUUGGUUGGGACGUCUUCACUCUCGAAUACAAGAUCGAUGCGCCAUUGGACACAGUUGUCGACCCCGAAUCGAUGGUCAAAUACCUCCAACUAUUCUCGCAUCUGUGGCAGAUGAAACGAGUAGAAGGAAUUCUUAGCAUAGGAUGGAUGCGUGCAUCGAAAGAUGUAGAGUCGUUCUUACGGAUAGCAGACCUAGAACAAGAAUGGCAUCGAAUAAGACUCGCAUCAGCAGAAAUGCUACAUUUUGUUCGUCAAAUGCAGGCUUACUCGCAACUCGAAGUCAUUGAGUGUUUGUGGAAGGAACUCUGUGAAUUUCUUCAGAAAAAGGAAGGCGAUCUUGAUGCUAUGAUCGACGCUCAUCGGUCGUACUUGGAUCGUAUGGUGAAGAAAAUGUUAUUGGUCAGUCCCAAAGCUGGAAAAGAGUACAAUGUCCUAAACCAAGUCAAAGAGGUGUUCCAUGAUAUUUUACAAUUCCGUGAUGCAAUGGAUACCUUCUACAAUCACUGCCUAUCGGAAUCAGCUAGGCGAGAUAGAGGGCUGGAUGGGGAACGCGGGGUGGUUACUGGACUCGAGGGCGACAGCGACAAGUCGCAGGAGCUGCUCAAGGUCUACCAGAAGGUGAAAGAGUACAGUUCAUCCUUCUCGGAUCGCGUCCACAGCAUAGUGCAAUCCCUGCAGAGUCAUUCCGAUCUUGAUGUCAGAUUCAUGGGCACCAGGCUAAAUUUCUCAGAUUUCUAUCGAUCGAAGCGAGAGCAUCCAACGCAGAGAGGGACGCUGCAUUAA